GAUCGCCAGCUAUCUUCACCCAUCAUCAACCAUCUCCUCGCCGCGACGCCGUCGACCGGUCGAUCCGCCAUUAGCGGCCGAUCCGGCGAGCGGCAAGCUAGGAUCUCUCACCUAGCUAGCUUGCUAUCUCGAUCUCCAGUUGUUCAUUCCGAGUUAAUUAAGCCAGCUCGAUCGGUUGUUCUGAGAGAUUGGCCGGCUUGUCCAGCUUGGUGUGUGUGUGUAGCUAUGGACGGCGGCGGCGACUCGUCGUCGCCGGCUUCGUACAUCAGAUUGGUGCAGCAUCUGAUCGAGAAGUGCAUCUGCUACAACAUGAACAAGGAGGAAUGCAUGGAGACGCUGGAGAAGCACGCCAACAUCAAGCCCGUCAUCACCUCCACCGUGUGGAAGGAGCUUGAGAAGGAGAACAGUGAGUUCUUCGCCACGUACAAGAAGUGCCCAGGAGAGGAGUCAGUGCAGAACAAGAGUAGUUCUUCACAGGAAGCUGCUGGUUCCAAGAGUUCAGGGGGAGACGACGACUAGGAGCAGUACUGAACCACCGAUCCCCGUUACAUGGGCAUGUGCAUGCAUGCAUGGCACUCGCAAAAGAGGGGCCUACUUCUACAGUAGGAGAUCUAUCAAGUCGACCGCACUUCGUACCUCGUACAUCUCUAGCAGGAGAAGUACAUAGCGUAUAGUAGGAGUAGCCCCCUCAUGAGCUGAUUAGAAAAUAAUUUAGGACUCGGGUUCGCAGCUCGCCAUCUAUCAGCCGUCCGGUUGGUGUUGCAUGCAUCCGGAUGAUGAUGACAUGUGUGUAGAUACUCAGGCGAGCGCCCCUGUUGCUGUCAGUGGAAAGAUCGAUGGAUCUCUGUGUGUUCCUGUCUCGUCUCUCUAUCACGGGCUAGCUAGCUAGCUCUCCGCUCUCUCCUGUUGUAGCGCACACGUAGUUACCGCUCUGUGUUGCAGAAUGAUGAAAGAAAACCCGAGGCACCGAGCCAAACCAACCCGUCGGUUAAGGGUUUCUUCGGAUCACAUGAAUUUUAUAGAAAUUUCAGA